CUCGGCUCGGCCCGUCAGUGCUCCCGCGUAGCCCGUCCGUGCCGGUACUCCCUCUCUCUCUUCGCGGCCCUCUCGCCGACCCGCUCACACACGCCGCGUUGCGCGGCACACACUGACAAGGGCGUCGAGCAGGACGAACACACGAAGACCGCCAUGGCGGACCAGGAACUGAGCAACGUGCUGCAGCGGCGGCAGUCCAUCAACGACGCCCUGGAGGAGGGCAAGGAGGUCAAGCCCAAGCUCAAAGUGAACGUGUUCGCCGAGUUCUCCCGGCAGGAGCUGCGCCAGUUCGAGACGACGUUCAAGAAGUUCGACCUGGGCGGCGACGGCUACCUGGACCUCCUCGAGAUGAAGCUGAUGAUGGAGCGGCUUGGCGCGCCGCAGACUCACCUCGGCCUCAAGAAGAUGAUCCAGGAGGUGGACGAGGACCAGGACGGCAAAAUUUCCUUCAAAGAGUUCCUCAUGAUCUACCGGAAGGCGCGCGCCGGCGAGCUGACCGAGGAGUCCCUGAAGCGCCUGGCCGUCCUCACCGAGAUCAACGUCGAGGAGGUGGGCGUGUACGGCGCCAAGGAGUUCUUCGAGGCCAAGAUCGAGCAGCUGCGCCGAGGGUCCCAGUUCGAGGACGAGAUCCGGCGCGAGAAGGAGCGCAAGCAGCGCGAGGAGGAGGAGCGCGAGCGGCGCCGGCUGGACUUCAAGGAGAAGGCGGCCAUGUUCCAGAACGGCGGGCCGCGCAUGGUGGCCGUCAACAACAACGGCAACUGAGCGCUCCGUGGCUCCGUCCAACCCGCGUGUCGUUUUUGUUCGUUUUUAAAUUUGAGAGAGAGAAAGCUAGUCAAUUUUUAACUUGCCAUUCUGAAUGGAUGAUGGCGCUUUGUUUGGUUGUAAGGCGUGGUUGUUGAAAUUGUGACUUUUGAGAAUUGUUUUCAUGCAACAAAAUUGGCGUGGUUUGCCCUUUUUUUAAAAAAAAUAUAUUGACUUUGAAUGAGCAGCCUUAUGGAUUCGUGCCUACCAAAAAUAAUUUUACCAUGCGUUACAGAUUUGUAAUUUUUUGUUCAUAAUUUGUAUGUUUAUUAAUGUUGGUGGUAUUAAGUAAUGACUUAAAGUGAAAUGACUUUAAAUAUUCAGAUUUUAUUGCACAAAGAGUACAUAUUGCUGUAGGAGUUAUACUAGAGCCAGUGUUAUUUUUGACGCCAGUAUGUAUAUCUUUUAUCUUGAUCAUAGAACAUUUUGUUAUAAUUUUUUAUGGACAUGUAUUGUAAUUCUCUAUUGAAUGAAGUUCAAUUUUUAUUUUUUCCAAUAACUACCUUUAUUUCUUGACCGGGCACCACAGAUUGGUGUCACUAUAUUCUUAAGCGGGAGAACGUUGUGUCUUCGUUUACUUUGUGGUAUUUAUAUGUAAACUGUAAAUAUUUAUGUCUUGUAAAUACAUGCCAUUUAUUGGCGAAAGAAUAGAA